AUGUCCACGAGCCCCGCGGACGUGAAGCUGCCGCAGCGGUCUGGUACCGUGAGCAGCGCCUUCACUCGUCGUACGUCCAUGAGUGACGAUGAAGCUAUUCCUGAGACUGAUAGUAGUGAGACUACCACUCUCCUACUUGAGCGUCUUCGAGCCUGGAAGCAUAUGUGCGGAUAUCUCGAGGAUUAUGUUUCUGCUACCGCCAAAGUUCAAAAGUCGCAGUCCAAGGAUUACGAGAAGAUCUUGAAGACCGUGAAUGAACCUCUCAAGGAGGGCCAUCACUUCAGUGCCAGCGCGGGCGGCGUAGCUGGUCUGUUUGAAAACAUCCGUAACAACACCCAGGGCAUGGUGAACAUGUACCUGGACGGCGAAAAGAAUCUCAAGAGCGGCGUCCUCCCCACCCUCGAACGCCUCCACAAAGAGAUCAAGGCCAAGUCCAAGGAGCUCAACACCGGUGCCUCCAAGGGAGCCAAGGCCGUCGAAAAGGCGCGUGGUUUAACCCAGAAGCACAUCGAGCUCUUAGGUCAGAACGCCGCUACCUUCGACGCCGCCGCCUCCAGCAAGAUUGAGGCGCACCACGACCCCUACCUCCUCAAGCGCGGCAUCAACUACCGUCUUCACAAUCAAGUAAACGAGGAAAACAGCCACCGCCAGGAUAUCCUCGCCGUGCAGAACUCCUUCCAGCAGUUCGAAGCACACGUCCUACAGACCGUGCAAGGCACCCUGGAUCAAUUCAACCAGCACAUGGGCGGCCAACUCGAGCGCCAGCGCGCCAUGUACGCCGACAUCCUCGGCACAGCGCAGCGCAUCCCACCAGACUUCGAAUGGGUCAACUUCUGCGUGCGCAACGACGCAGCCUUAGUCAACCCAGACUCACCCCCACGCUCCUUCGCCAGUAUCACCUUCCCAAACAUGGAGCACCGCUCCACACAGCCUCUCAUUGAGGGCACCCUCGAGCGUCGCUCGCGCGCCGUUAUCAAGGGCUACAGCACCGGCUACUACGUUGUCACGCCGGCACGCUAUCUGCACGAGUUCAAGGACAACGACGACUUCCGUCGCGACCCCUCCCCCGAGCUCUCGCUGUACCUGCCAGACUGUGUCGUCGGCGCUAUCGACGGUAUCAAGUUCAGCGUCAAGGGCAAGGAUGUCUCUAGCGGUAAAAUUGGAAAUGCUUUCCACACAAACACCGAGCUCAGCUUCAAGGCUCACACCCCCAAUGACGCUGAGAAAUGGUGGACCGUCAUUAAGGACGCUACCCGUGGCCCGACGCUGGCUACCGCUGCCCCGGCAAUCGCUACUGCUGCCCCGACGCAGGCUUCUCCCACAGCAACGUCGCCUGCUGCCUCUGCCAGCCCCGCCAAUAACGUAUCCGGUCAGCCAUUGCCGCCUACCUACGCCGAGAAAGAUACCCAGCCUGCUCCGGCUGCUGCUCCAGCUGCUGCUUCCACUGCUCCUGUUGCCACUGGUGCUGCUAGCCCGACUGCCGUUCUUAGCCGCACGGGCAGCACAGCUAGCCACUACCACACCUCGCCCGGCGGCUCUGCUGUGGAUAAAUCAUGA